AUGUUUAACAAUAUUUUCGGCAAGGCACCCACCGUCAAGGAGCAGCAACGCGAGAAUGAUCGAUCUUUAAGGAAGGCCACCAGGGACAUUGAACGCGAACGAAGGAAGCUCGAGGAGGAGGAGAAGAAACUGGAGGCCGAGAUUCGGAAGACUGCCGCCGCGGGAAACAACGACGCCUGUCGGAUUCUAGCCAAGCAAUUGGUUGAGAUCAGAAAGCAGAAAUCGCGCACCUACGCUGCCGCUGGAAAGAUUACGUCCAUCGGGUAUCAGAACAAGAACAUGGGUGCCAACAUAGCGCUCAGCGAGGCCAUGGGCACCACCGCAAAGACGAUGGCUAGUAUGAAUAAGGUGAUGCGCCCUGAGGCCAUCGGGGCGACUGUGAGACAGUUCCAGGCUGCGAAUAUGAAAAUGGAGAUGACCGACGAAAUGAUAAACGACACCCUGGACGACAUGCUGAACGAGUCUGGAGAUGAGGACGAGUCCAAUGCCGUGGUCAACCAGGUGCUCGACGAGAUCGGCAUCGAGAUCUCUGGAAAAAUGUCCAGUAUCCCGGCAACGGGAUCAGGGGAUCUCGAAACAGCCGGCAAGCGGACGGAGAAGGACAUCGCCGACCAGCUGGCAAAGCUACGCUCCUCGUAGUUCUCAGAUUAUCGUAACAUGUAUUUUUCUAUCAUCACUGUGAACACUGCUGUUAUCCAUAGAAUUUAAGGAAAUAUAUUUAUAUACACUGCUUAAA